AUUACAUGCACGGCAAAACCAAUGCCAGAAACCUUGUCAGAUAGCAAUUUUCUAUAUAAACUAUGAUGAGGUUUCAUCUGUUUAUGUUUUGCUUCAGAUACUGUUGAGUCCGAAGCAGAUAGGGAACAACAAGGAAGCCUAAUGGAAGCUUAUGUGGCAAUAUUAGCAAAGAUAACUUAUCUUGUUGCCCUGCUUUUUCUGGUAAUAGGGUUGUGCACCCCAAUUGUUGUUGAGGCCAAACAUGUGAGCAUCAAGAACAGGCUGGGAUCUGGGAAGAACAUGACCCUGCAUUGUAAAUCCAAAGAUACUGAUCUGGGUGAGCAUAGUAUAGCAUAUGGGGAUGAGUUUGGGUGGGACUUCCAUGACGACGUUGUCGGAACCACACUCUUUUACUGUGAUUUGGAGUGGGAGAGAGUUCAGGAGUACCAUUUUGAUGCCUAUGACUUCCACAGGGACUUUGUCCGAUGCGGCAGUGAUGGAUGUUCAUGGCUGAUAUCUGCUGAAGGCAUGUAUGGUUCAAAUAGUCAAACAGGGAUCUGGGAAUUCAUGUACUAUUGGCCAAACUGACAUGAUUCUUCUUCAGUAGUUCAUUGUUGGAUAUCAUAUAUUACAAGUAUCCUAUGACUGUAAUGAUGAAUUAAUAAUACCAUUCUCUU